AUGGUUUCCGCGAAGAUGCUGAGCCGCCUACCUGCGCUUCAUCCUUACUCUAAUGGUACGAACUUCGAAGCUCCAGAUGGGGACAGGUCCUUCAAAUUUACGCUCCAAGAAAGUCAGGAGACGUUCGGAAGGCUCGCAAGCCCCGAUCAUGAGCACGAGCUGAUCUCUUUGCUCGCCACUUUCGUAGCGCAGCUGACAGGCUGCAGCGCAGACGAGGUGCUCUUCAAGCUUAGAAUCGGUACUCGGCAGCUCUUCCUGGCUUCUACAGACGGUUUUCAGGAACAAUUUGAGGAAGGUGAAAAGGGUUCCGCCCCAGGCAUCGCAAUCUUCUUCGCUGCGCUCGGUGCAGCUUCAUUCCCAACAUCAACCGAGAGUGACGACGUGACCAUCGCAGUCGACUACGUUCAAGAGGACGACAAAGACAUCAUUCAAGUGAUGCUUCACUUUGCUCAACCGGUGCCAGCUGAGGCAGCUCGAGGUUUCUAUGCUCAAUUCUGCCGUCAAGUUCUAAACUCGGCCUUGCUCGAAUCAGCAGUUCCUCUUUCGAUUCUGAACUCGAGUCCAACUACCAAAGUCACGAGCGAUACGAGACUCCACCAAUCAUUCCUAGAACAAGUCCAACGAUUCCCUAACCGAGUCGCAGUUCAGUUCCUCGAGAAUAUCCAUCAAGACGGUUCGACCCACUUCAGCACCCUCACGUAUGCCCAAUUGCGAGAUGCGGCCUUCGUGCUCGCAAACAAGAUCCGCCAUGCUCAUGCAAGGAGCGGAAAGCAGCACGAUAGACAAGUGGUGGUGCCAAUGCUUAUGACCGCUUCGCUCGAGCUGUACAUUUCCUACAUUGCGAUUCUGGUGGCAGGAUUCGCUUUUUGUCCGCUGCCGGUCGAUGCGCCCGACGCACGACUUGUGUCGUUGAUUGAACAGCUUGACACAGCUGUGCUGCUUGGUAACAAGGGCUCAGACCCACCACGGUGGGUACCGACAUCAGUAGAGUGGAUCAACGUCACCGACACCUUGACAGGAGUCGAUCGUACAGACAGCUCUCCUGCCAGCCAGAGCAUUGCAAUUGACACGCACCAGCAAGAGUGUGCCUAUGUGCUCUUCACGAGCGGUACUACUGGUACGCCCAAAGGUGUACAAAUCUCGCAUCAUUCUGCAAGCGUAUCGAUCGCUGCGCACGCAAACCACCUGCACCCUUCACUUCUGCAGUCUGGUUCUGCUGCCUCGCAAACGACGUUCAAGUGGUUCCAAUUUGCUUCCACCGUGUUCGACCCUUCGGUCAUGGAGAUCUUUGUCACGCUCUCCGUCGGUGGUACGCUCUGUUCCGCCCCUCGUGCUCUCACACUCUCUGAUUUGGAGACCGUGGUGCGCUCCAGCGGCGCUGAUAUCAUGAUGGUGACACCCACUGUGGCCACCCUGCUCCGUCCACACCAAGUCCCCAAGUUGCGAUUCUUGUGGACAAUGGGUGAGAGUCUGAACGCUACCGUCAUUCAAAGCUUUGCCACCAACGAUGAACGCACCUGGUUGGCCAACGCAUACGGUCCCACAGAAGCAAGUGUCAACUGCACGCUUCUGCAACCGUUCCCAGCGGACUAUCGCGGGUCGAUUAUCGGAACUCCUUUACCGUCCUGCUCUCUGGCCAUUGUCCAUGAGUGCUGCGAUCCAGGCAGCACAAUUAAGCGUCUCGAAACGGUCCCGCAAGGCGUGACGGGUGAGCUUGUUAUUGGGGGUCCACAUGUCGGCAUGGGCUACCUCAAUAUGCCAGAAGCAACCGAAGAUGCCUUCACGACCUUGACACCGCUCGGGCGUGUGUAUCGAACCAGGGAUCGAGCCAGACUCGUCUGGGAUCGUGACGGAAACCCUCUGAUCGAGAUUUUGGGCCGAAUGAAUGCGGAGCAGGUCAAGCUAAGCGGCAGAAGAGUCGAACUUGGCGAGGUGGACUCCGUGCUGCAGUCGAGUAAACUCAUCAAGAAUGCGGCUAGCGUUGUUUGGUCACCCGUGACGUCGCACGGGCAAAGCAGCGGAAGCGAGCGACUCGUUUGCUGUAUCGUGCCUGCCCUCUCUUCAACCAGCGGCAAAGACGCAGAGGCUGAUUGCAGAGCCAUUGCUGAGACUCAGCUUCCUCCCCAUAUGCGUCCGUGGAAGUACAUUGUACAGACAAGCUUGCCUGUCACCGUGUCAGGCAAGUCAGAUCGAAAACGGCUUGCUCAGCUCGUUGCAGAGCUCUUGUCAUCAUCCACCGACGAUGAUAGCAGGAUCAGCCGAGCGCAGCACCAAGAAGCCAGUCUCACCAACGAUCCCAAAGCACAAGCACUCGUGCAGGCUAUCAGCACAGUAUGCCAGCUCGAGGAAAGCUCUAUCUCGACGCACGCCGACCUUUUCGAACUCGGAAUGGACAGUCUUGCUGCAAUGCGCCUUCUGCAGCUGCUCAGACACAACGACUCCACCGCUUCCGCUGCUAGGCGAAUCGACGUGGCACAAGUCUUGAAAGCUGGGACCUGCGCUGAACUCGCUCGCCUGAUCUCGAGUGCAGCCAGCUCAAAAGUUGCAAAUGACAACAGUCAAACCAAAAGUUCAAGGGGUCAGCGCGAACGAGAAUGGAGCAGAACACUCGAAUCCUUCAGAGACCGAUGCCGUGGUGCGGUUUUAUCAGCUUUGUCAAGCGAGCAUACGAAAACGCGAGUGCAGGAUGUCCUACCGACUACAGCAACGCAGUCCGGCAUGCUAACGAGCUUCCUCACUAGAGCUGAAGCGUCUGGUAUCAAACGACCAUACAUUAACCACACGGUGUACCACAUGGCAUCGUCAUCGGAAGCUCGCAAACUCUACGACGCCCUUCGACAGGCGAUUCAAAGACAUGACUGUUACAGAACAGUGUUUGUGCCGAUCGACGACAAGCUUGCUCCCUUUGCACAGUGCAUCCUGUCCUCUGGUUCCGAUGAAGACAACGUCAGCACGUGUUCAUCAGUCACAACACUGAGUGCGUGUUUGGAGGAACACCUGGAACGGGUUGAAGGCAACAUGAAUCUCGAUCAGCCUCCUUGGCAUCUCGGUCUUCUGCUUCCCGCCCGGGACGUUGGUGAUGGCGAAAGCUUGGUAGUGCUCAGCAUGAUGCACGCCAUUUUUGACGGAGGAAGCCUUGACCUUCUCCAACAGGAAGCUACUGCCCUGCUGCACGAAGGUUUGGGCGGGCCAUCUUCCACUUCCAGCCGCACCCAGCUCGAGAGUGCGGUGAAGCACCACUACACGAGCGAUCUGGAAGGAUCUCGUCUCUAUUGGAAGGAAAAACUGGAUGGUGUUGGCAGGACGCGGUUCCCAUGCGUCAAUGGCUACAAGUCGACGAUUCAGUCUGGUCUUUCCAAGAGCAGUGAUGUGAUCGAGGUGCUCUCGCAGUCGUCUAUGGAAACAAUUUCCAGACAGGCACGAAGUCAGCGUACGACCGUGCUGACGCUGCUGCAGACCACAUGGAACCUCCUCCUCGCAGCAUACGCCGAAGAAGAAGACAUCGACUACAUCGUCAGCGGUAGUGUACAGUCCGGACGCCUCGAUGAGGCGACACGCCUUUGCAUGGCCCCGACUUUUAAUGUGAUCCCCUUCAUCACCGGCCUCGGAAACAAAGAAGGUGAUCGCCGGGACAAGAGUAUCGCCCAGCUGCUUGUGGAAGCGACCGUUGCCAGCACGGCUGCGUUGGACCAUCUCGAAAUCCCGCUCGGUGCACUGGCCACCUCUGGUUCCAUGCCUUUCGAUACUUUGUUUGCAGUGCAGCGAUUUGACGGUUCAAUGUCGUACGAUCGACAACAAGGUCUUGCUACUGCGCCUUGGACUUCCGUCUCUUACCCAGUGAUGGCGAACGAUUUUUCUAUCAUGGUGGAAGUAUGGCCGGCUUCCGAAGCAGAGGGAGGAUUUCGAUUGCGCUUGACGUAUUCACAAUCCGUGCUGGACGCUCCUUCUGCUCAGAUGCUACUGCAACAGUAUGACGACAUACUACACCGUCUCAUGCACGAUCCAGACUCUACGUCUGUGCAGCAACUUAUCAAAGGGGAAGGCUUGCGCCCUUCUGCGCUCUCCAUCUCCCACGGUGCCGCGUGUGCUGGCUUUGACGCAAAUACAACCUUGCUUCACACUCAGUUCGAGAGUAAAGCUGUGUCGGAUCCCAGCGCUGCAGCUCUAGAGUUUUUCUGGAGCUUAGAUGCUCGCGAUGAAGAGCCCAUAACACUGCAGCGCUGGACGUAUGGCGAGCUGAACGCACGUGCUAACCGUGUUGCACGACUCUUGUUGUCGAUUACCGGAAACCCGUCUCUACGAGAUCAGCCCAUCCCCAUCUGCAUGGAACGAUGUGCCGAGCUGUACGUUGCUGUUCUGGCCAUCCUGAAGGCUGGAGGCGCAUGGUGUCCGAUCGACGUCCACUCUCCACGAGCGAGGCAGUUGGAGCUUAUUGCUAGGACCAGGAGCCCGAUUAUUCUGGUCAGCCCGACCACUUCGGCGAGUCUAGGUACGGUGCAAGCACAAGACGGAACUUUGCCAGUUCAAGUGGAUGCUUGCGAUGCAAGCUUGUCGAGUCGCUUGUCGUCGGACAACCUGGAGCCUACUGCAGCAGCAGAGACACUCGCUUAUCUGAUCUGGACCAGUGGUACCACCGGGGCACCGAAGGGUGUCAUGAUCGAGCACAGAGCUGCCGUGACGAGCAUGCAAGCUCUGCAGCACCAUGUAAGACCGCCUCAGCAAGACGUGCCCCCCCGUUGCCUGCAGUUCGCAGCAUACACCUUUGACGUGUUUGUUCAGGAUCUGUUCUGGACAUGGGGGCUUGGUGGUACGGUGGUCGCAUCCACACGUGAACUCAUGCUCGGUUCGACAGCAGAACUUGUCGCAGCUUCGCGGGCGAAUCAUGCGCACCUCACACCUGCGUAUGCAGCUGGCUUGCCCAGAGCCUCUUGCCCUAGCCUCCGCUCGGUAACUUUCAUUGGAGAGAAGCUUACAGAGUCCGUAGCCGCCGACUGGACCGAAAGUCAUCAGCAUUACGGAAGCCGAUCAACGCAAGUUGCAGUGUACAACACUUACGGGCCAGCAGAGGCGGCGGUCGUUGCUACACUUCGGCGACUUGAUGUUCACGACAAGCUUCAAAGUGCCAAUGUGGGUGCGCCGAUGCAAAGUGUGUCUGCCUUCGUCUGCAGGAAUCGUGACCAGCCAUUGCGACCGUGCGGUAAGGGAGCUGUCGGCGAGCUGGUACUGGCAGGUGCACAGGUUGGUCGCGGGUACCUCGAUGAUCAGCAAAAGACCGAGGCUGUGUUCAAGUUUUCCCCAGAGUGGCAGCAGUGCGUCUACUAUACGGGCGACUACGUGCGAAUGCUUCACGACGGCAGUAUCGAAUUCAUUGGCAGACGCGACGAUCUCGUCAAGCUUGGCGGCAUCCGUGUCGAGCUGAGCGAAAUCUCAGCGGCGCUCAUCUCCAUGCGUUCGAGCUGGCGCAGAGCACGUUGCAAGAUGUUUGCGACGUACUACCGCCGUACAUGGUGCCAUCGAUGGUGCUAG